UUGAAUCGAGACAAACUACCCAAACAGAACCAGGCCCAACAACAAAAGGAACCUGGGAAACAACAGCAGAUACUGCACUGACACAUACUCCACAAACAGAAGCAGAUACUGAACCAACACAGUCUCCACACACAGAAGCAGUUACUGAACCAACAAAACCUCCACAAACAGCAGCAGUUUCAAGCACGACAACAGAAGCAUCCAGGGACACAGCACCAGUUACUGAACCAACAAAACCUCCACAAACAGCAGCAGUUUCAAGCACGACAACAAAAGCAUCCAGCGACACAGCACCAGUUACUGAACCAACAAAACCUCCACAAACAGCAGCAGUUUCAAGCACGACAACAGAAGCAUCCAGGGACACAGCACCAGUUACUGAACCAACAAAACCUCCACAAACAGCAGCAGUUUCAAGCACGACAACAGAAGCAUCCAGGGACACAGCACCAGUUACUGAACCAACAAAACCUCCACAAACAGCAGCAGUUUCAAGCACGACAACAGAAGCAUCCAGGGACACAGCACCAGUUACUGAACCAACAAAACCUCCACAAACAGCAGCAGUUUCAAGCACGACAACAGAAGCAUCCAGGGACACAGCACCAGUUACUGAACCAACAAAACCUCCACAAACAGCAGCAGUUUCAAGCACGACAACAGAAGCAUCCAGGGACACAGCACCAGUUACUGAACCAACAAAACCUCCACAAACAGUAGCAGGCCGGGUGGACUGUCUUUCUGGUCGGAUGAACAUUACCAUCAGUAAAUUGUAUAUGGACUCACUGGGCUACAGCUGGAAUGAUCUUUACUUAGGUGACCUUAACUGCAAAGCUUCAACCAACAACUAUUAUAUCACCUUCAACUUCCCGCUCAGGAGCUGCAACACCAGGAGGAAGAUCCGCAACGGACACAUUAUUUACACCAAUAAUGUAAAAGCAAUCAAGUCCUCAUUGUACGCAAUCAGUGCUGACUUCCUUCUGGAGGUGAGCUGCGUGAUCAGGCCCAACGCCAUUGUUGAGACGUUCUAUGAAGCCUGGGAGAUCACAAACGCUACCAUCAUUGGAGGUGGUCAGUUUAACCCCAUCAUCACCUUUUACCACUCCAGCGACUUCUCCUACCCCAUCACUGAUUUGUCCUACCGAGUGGGCUUUGGUCAGGAACUGUUUGUGCAGGUGCGGCUGAGAGAAGCUGAUCCCAGCCUCGACCUGUUCAUUGACUCCUGUGUGGCCUCACCCAACCAAGACUUCACCGCCCACACCCACGACCUCAUUCGCAAUGGGUGUCCGAGAAACAACACACACAUCUACACGAACGGAGAGAAUUAUUAUGCUCGGUUCCGGUUCCAUGCACCCAUCUUCCUGCCUGCACGUAGCCCUGUCUUCCUCAAAUGUGAAGUCUUGAUCUGCGCUGACGACGACUACAACUCACGAUGUCGCCAAGGAUGCCGUCAUCACAGGAAGAGAAGCUUGAGCUCCACCCACUAUGCUGAGGUCGUGACACUUGGACCAAUCAUACUCAAAGGUCCAUAGGAGGCUGCAGCCAAGAAUGAAGAGAAGAAAGAGGAGUGAACUUACAGCAACUAAUCAUUUAAACCAUUUAAUCCAAUUAACACAGUAUCAUUUUACUAACCUUCUAAUAAAGCAUUCUUUAAAGGCA